AAACAAUGUGUUGGUCUAUGGAGAUUUAUAUUUUAUAUGAGAGGAAAAAUGGUAAAUGAAGAAAUAGUGGAAUUUAAUAAAAAACCACAACCAAUUUUUAAAAAUCCAAUUUUUCAACAGAAAUUUCGAUCUACUAGUACCACUGGAAAAAAACGAACUUGGCGCUCAUUAAAACAAGUCUUAGCUCAAGAACGCACUUUACCAUGGCUUCCAGAAGUAGUGCAUUAUAGUUCUAUUAAUGCACCGCCAAGCUUCAGACCAGCAAAAAAGUAUUCGGAUAUUUCUGGAUUACCCUCACGAUAUACAGAUCCACAAACUAAAUUAUACUAUGCAACUGCAGAAGAAUUUGCAACAGUUCGAAGUCUACCAAUGGAUAUAACUGCUGGAUAUCUAGCGUUGCGCGGUGCCUCCAGUAUUGUUGGAUAAAAUAAAUGAGAAUUUUAUUUUCUAUAAUUUCCUUAUAUUUAAAUAAUAUAGAACACGGAUAUUUUAUUUUGUAAUUAUAUCAUACUUAUUGUAGAAUAACGAAAUAGGUGUAAAUCUGUAAAUUAAUUAUAAGGCUGCAAAUGUAAACAAAAAUAAAUCGAAUUUAUAAAGAGACAAAAUAAGACUAUUUUCAA